GGAAUGAUGCUCAGGAGAUUAUUCAAACCAGACUCUAAAAAAAACUCUCCACUGCACUAAAAGCCUAUGUCCACCAGUGUAAAUAAGCAGCAGUGCAUGCAGACUCCCUCUUGCACACCAUGCCUGCGCUUUAUCGGAUACUUCUACUGUUCUCUGUGGUAAUAGCCUCUAUGGCACUGCAGAGGCCUCCACGAACUAAGAGAGGGCUACUGGAGCUGGCAGGAGUCAUCAAGUGCAGCACAGGCAGAUCAGCCCUGGCUUAUAUGAUGUAUGGCUGCUACUGUGGACUGGGGGGUCAGGGCUGGCCCAGGGAUAAAGCAGACUGGUGCUGUCACAAACAUGACUGCUGCUACGGAGAUGCAGAAAUUGCUGGUUGCCGAACCAAGACAAGAAAGUAUCAAUGGACAUGUGAAGACAGGACUGCAGAAUGUGAUGAUCUCAAGGACAAAUGUGAGAAGAUUCUCUGCAAAUGUGACAGGGAGGCAGCCAAAUGCUUGAGAAAGGCACCUUUCAUACGGAAAUAUGCUAUGUGGCCAGACUUUCUCUGUGGGUGUACAUUGCCAACAUGUAAUAUCUACUGAUUCAAUAAAUGUACACUUGUUGAUUUGUA